AUGUCUGACGCCGAAGCUCCACAGCCCAAGCCCGAAGGUGGUGAGCAGCUUAACAUCAAGGUCAAGGACGCCGAUGGAAACGAGGUCUUCUUCAAGGUGAAGCGUACCACAAAGCUCUCCAAGCUCAAGAAGGCGUAUGCCGAAAGGAUGGGAAAGCCCGAGAACAGCGUCCGCUUCAUCUUUGAUGGUCAGCGUAUCGGUGACAACGACACCGCCGAGACGGUAAGUAGUGAACUUCGCAGAAGGUCCCGCAAAUGGCUUCAAGAACUCAACCGGACAAAAUACUCACAUUGA